UCCUUGGAAGCAAUUAAGUGAGUCAAGCAUGUAAAAAAAUAGAUCCAACUUUGCUACAAAUGGGAAUGAAUAUUUUUCAGAGAAUCAUUCCUUAACUCCAAACGCAUAAGAUGUUAUAAUGAAAACACAUUAAACAGCAGAUGUUUCUCAUAGAAAGGCAAAGCAGAGUGUAUUGAGAUCUCUGUAUUCUGCAGCAUAUCUACUCAACCACCUUUCAUUGCCUCAACUGCUUUAUUAAUUCUUGAUAAUUCAAACAGACACACAUAUUCCACCGAAGCAGAGGCCGGGAUUAAUGAAGAGGUAAGUUAGGAUGCCACGCAAAAUUCGAGUGCAGAAGAGCCGAUGGCAUACCCAAAUUGGCGAUAAGAAGAAGCGGGAAGGAAGCAGUAAAGAUAAGAAUGACGGUGAUAGCAGCCUCCAUUCUGUAGCAUCCCAAUUUGCGGAUGAAUCAGAACCACUGCCAGCGGUCUACCCCAUCGCCCAGGAUUCACCCACCACCACACCACAACAUAAUCAAAAUCAAACUCCCCAACCCAAAGGUAACGAAUCAGGACAGCGUUCACUAUGCUAUACAUUAAUGUAUCAAGCGGCAAUGAAAGGCGACUGGCAAGCUGCUGCAGUCCUUCUGCAGAGGAAUCCGAAUUUAGCUUCCGCUCAGAUAACAGAAAGCGGUGAUACAGCUCUUCAUAUGGCUGCUGCCACCAGUCACACAAAAUUCGUACGACAACUUGUUGGUAGGAUGGCUGAAGGUGACCUGCUGUCAAAGAACAAGUAUGGAUACACCGCAUUUUGCUAUGCAGCUGCAACAGGAAUAGUAGAAAUUGCUGCUGUUAUGCGGGAAAAGAAUGAGAAUCUUAUCAACUGCCCAGGCAACAAUGAAAUGAAGCCCCUCUACAUUGCAGCUUCGCUCGGAAAUAAGGACAUGGUUUCAUACCUUUACAAAUUCACUCAUGUUAAAGAUCUAUCAAUCACCGAGUGGUUUGAUCUUCUCAUAGCUACAAUUCGCAAUAACAUGCAUGAUACAGCAUUAGAUAUAUUGAACAAGAUCAAUGAUGGGACAUUGGCAACAAUGAGAACCACGACAGUUAUACUAGGAGAGAAUGAUUCUCCUGAUACAACCAAGAAUAAAGGAACCGCCUUGCACGAGUUGACCGUACAGGAUAUAUCAGAAAUCAGUGCAAGUCAAGAAGCAAUAACAGAAAGUUUCAAUACCAUGUUUGCUGCUGUCCCACUUCUUUCACGAUUUAAAUGGAUUUUUGAGCAACCUUUAGUGCGAAAAAGAGCUCGGUUAGUGGCUGAGAGGCUGUGGGCUCAGAUGCAAAGAAUGGAAAGAGCUGAUGUGCUUAAGCUACUUGAAGAGCCUCCAAUUCUUCAUGAAGCCGCUAAAGUAGGAAAUGUUGGGUUAAUAACCAUGCUUACUUGCAGUGAUCCAGAUCUCAUAUGGAAACUUGAUUGCAACAAACACUAUAUAUUCCAUACAGCUGUUUUGCAUCGGCAAGAGAAUGUAUUUAGUCUCAUUCACCAGAUAGGAUCCAUGAAAGAGUUGAUUGCAAUAUCUGUGGAUGAUAAUCAUAACAACAUUAUGCAUUUAGCGGGGAAAUUAGCAACUCCGGAGAGAUUGAAAAUUGUAUCUGGUGCAGCUCUUCAAAUGCAAAGAGAGCUCUUGUGGUUUAAGGAAGUGGAGAAGGUUGUACCACCUUCAUGUCUUGAGAUAAGAAAUAGACAAGGGUUACGACCAAGACAAUUGUUUUCCAAGGAGCAUGAACCGUUGUUGACAAAGGGGGAGACAUGGAUGAAGGAAACAGCCAAUAAUUGCAUGAUCGUGGCAACUUUAAUUGCAACAGUGGCAUUCGCUGCUGCAUUUACCCUACCAGGAGGAAAUAACGGUGAUACAGGGAUGCCGAUACUUAAGAAGAGGACGUGGUUCACAGUUUUUGCAGUAUCUAAUGCAGUCGCAUUAUUUUGCUCAACAGCUUCUAUCAUAAUGUUCUUAUCCAUCCUAACUUCACGUUAUCAAGAAGAUGAUUUCCUUGUCUCAUUACCAACGAAAUUGAUGUUCGGCCUCACAGCACUCUUCACCUCUAUUGUUGGUGUGGUCUUUGCUUUCACAACCACCUUCUUUUUGCUCUUCCAUGAGGAAGAGACGUUGGUUCUCAAAUGGAUUGCAGUUUCUGCCUGCAUUUUACUUAUUACUCUAUUUGCAGGACUGCACAUUAAGUUAUGGAUUGACACGAUCCGCUCAGCAUAUUGGUCCAAGUUCCUGUUUCGCCAAAGUAAGCAUAGCCUUUACUGAAAAUAAAAAGGCUCAAGUUCUUCUCUUCCUAGAAACAAUUGUAUUCUUAGAAUUUACUUGGUUCUUUACAAGGGUUCUAUUUGUUAUAUCCUAAUAUCUUGUCAUUGUAUGCAACCUGCACCUUGUAUGCAGUUUGAUUGUUAUUCA